AUGCUGCCCCCAGCGAAGCUGCAGCGCACUGGCUCAUUAGGAGGAGCAGCACCAGCAGCAGCAGCAGCAGCAGCAGGAGCAGCAGCAACAACAUGUGUCUCUUUCUCUGUGCAGUCUCCUCCUGGGGGUAGCAGUGCUGCUCCUCCCCUGAGGCUGAGCAACAGCAGCAGCAGUAUUAUUGUCAACAGCAACAGCAGCAACAGCAGCAGCAGCAGCAGCAACAGUGGCAGCACGGGGUCUGGUUCUUGGGGUGUAUCGGGAGGUGAAGGAGCAGCAGCAGCAGGACCAGCAGCAGCAACAGCAGCAGGAGGAGGAGUUUCUUCAAACAGAUUGGGUAUGGGUAGCAGCAUUGCUGCUGCUGCUGCUCCUACUGCAGCAGCAGCAGCAGCAAACCGGCCUCGUUUUAGUUUAUAUCUAUCAUCAAAACGUAAUUUAUGCUGCCCUUUUUGCACACCAAGCGGCAGCAGCAGCAGCAGCAGCAGCAGCAGCAGCAUGAGGAAAGGAAGUACAAUAGUAUUAGAUAGCAGCAGCGGCGAUCAACUAUGCAAAGAGUGCGGAUUUGUUCUAGAAGAAAGAGUAUUAAAUGAAGAACAAGAGUGGCGAUCGUUUAGUGCUGAGAACUCAGGGGGCGGUGCACCUAAAGGCAGCGAAAGAAAUAGAGUCGGUGAGGCAUUAGACGGCUGGCUACAAGACGGGGGUAUAUCUACUAGCAUGCUGAUAGGAGGAGGGUCAAUGAGUAAAGGUUUAGGCUCAGGGAGACGUUUACAGAUUCUUCAUGAAGCAGCUACAGGUAGUGCUGCAGCAGGAGAGACAGGAAAUAGAGACAGACAGCUCAGAGCUGCUUUUUCUUACUUACGUCUUAUUGCUGAAGCCUUCAGCUUAAGAGAUUAUAUCUUAGAGAGAGGCAAAGAAAUUGCUAAAGAAUUGCUGGAUGCUGGUCAGCUAAGGUCUCGAAGCACUGCGGUGUCUAUGCUAGCAAUAACAUAUUUAGCAUGCAGAGAAGCAGGCGCAACGCGAACAGUAAAAGAAUUAGUUGUUUAUGAUAGAUCUAUUACUGAAAAAGAGUUAGAUACUGCAGCAGACUUCAGCUGUCUAUGCACAUCAGCGAUGUCGCUGAACAUGUUGCUAAAAGAGCUGCGCAAGUCUUCGUCAGCAGUCAUAGGCCGAACUCUGUUGCUGCAGCAGCAAUAUGGUUAG